AGGUAAAGGACAGUUCAGUCAGACGAUGUAGUUUAUUUUUAUGAUGUGAUGGCUCUGUUUUGAUUGAUGAGAACUCUAAAUUUAAUACAAAGUAGUCGUGAUAGUAUUAUGAAAUUAACUUGAAUUGUGUUUUUAUAAUUGUCUUAAGAUUUUGUACCUUAUUUAGGCAAAGUAAUUUUAAAAUGGGAGUUCCAAAGUUUUUUAGAUACAUUAGCGAGCGUUAUCCUUGCCUUAGCGAAGUUGUAAGAGAAUACCAGCUUCCAGAAUUUGACAACCUGUAUCUUGAUAUGAAUGGAAUAAUUCAUGUUUGUUCACACCCCAAUGACACUGAUCCUCACUUCAGGAUCACAGAGGAAAAGAUCUUUCGAGACAUUUUUCAUUAUAUUGAAACACUGUUCAGAAUGAUUCAACCUCAGAAGUUAUUUUUCAUGGCUGUUGAUGGUGUUGCACCUCGAGCCAAGAUGAAUCAACAGAGAGGAAGAAGAUUCCGAUCAGCCAAAGAUGCAGAGAUGGCAGAAGCCAAAGCGAGGGACAAGGGAGAACUUCUGCCGAGCGACGAUAGGUUCGAUUCUAACUGUAUCACACCAGGGACCGAGUUUAUGACACGCCUACAGGCGCAGCUCAAAUACUUUGUUGUCUUCAAGAUUAGUACUGACAAGCUCUGGCAGAAAGUCAAAGUCAUCCUCUCCGGUCAUGAAACACCUGGAGAAGGGGAGCACAAAAUAAUGGACUACAUUCGCUACAUGAAAUCUCAGCCGGGCUAUGACCCUAACACCCGACACUGUUUGUACGGUCUGGAUGCUGAUCUCAUCAUGUUGGGCCUGUGUACUCACGAGCCUCACUUCUCUCUGCUGCGUGAAGAGGUGAAAUAUGGUAAAAAGAACAACCAGAAGCGAAUUCCCACACCAGAAGAGACGACAUUCUUCCUACUCCACCUGUCUCUGAUGAGGGAGUACCUAGACCUAGAGUUCCAGCAGCUGAAGACUACUCUACCUUUCUCUUACGACUUGGAACACAUAAUUGAUGACUGGGUCCUUAUGAGUUUUCUGGUGGGCAAUGAUUUUAUCCCUCAUCUUCCAGACAUGCAUAUUAACAAGGGUGCCCUCCCCAUACUGUACAAGACCUACAUAGACGUCCUUCCCACUCUAGGAGGUUACAUCAAUGAAGGGGGUAACCUGCGGCUUGACAGGUUCCAGAAGUAUAUGGAGAAAUUGGCCAGUUUCGACUUUGAGCAGUUCAAAGAGAUCAGUGCAGAUCUACGAUACUUGGAGUCUAAGACUGGUCGCAAGAUUGAUGGCAAAGAAAGGCAUAGUUACAAAAAUGAUGAAGAACAAAUGUCGCCUCCCAAGAACAAAGAUCUAGCAGCUCUCAUAGCAUCUACUGAAGAGAUGCUGGAAGGAUCGGAAGACGAUGAUGACAACUACACAACUGUGGACAGCGACGAGGAAGAUGAAGGGACUUCCUUUGCCGAGUUUUGUGCUCACAAGAACAACUAUUACAUUGAAAAAUUAGAGUAUGACAAAGUCACACCGGAAGUGCUGCGAAGUCAGGGAGAAGGCUACGUCAGGGCUAUUCAAUGGAAUCUUAAUUACUAUUACAAUGGGUGCUGCUCCUGGUCGUGGUUCUACCCGCACCACUACGCUCCCUACAUCUCGGACAUAAAAAACUUCUCAGGACUCAAACUCGAAUACGAUCAAGGAACACCCUUCCUGCCUUUCCAGCAGCUGUUAGCUGUUUUACCUGCUGCUAGCAAGAAAUUGCUACCAAAGGCUUACCAUGAGUUGAUGGAAGAUGACAAGUCCCCCAUCAUCGACUUUUACCCGACAGAGUUUAAGACAGACCUCAAUGGUAAACGGCAAGAUUGGGAGGCUGUGGUUCUUAUACCAUUCAUUGACCAGGAGAGCUUGUUGCAAGCCAUGGAGACAAAGGAACACGAGUUGACGGACGAGGAGAAGUCUCGCAACAAACAUGGGCCCAUGCAGGUCUACACUUACACUCCUGAGAAUCAGGGAUCAUACAUUGCUCCUGCCUACUUCCCUGCAUUGUCCAACCACCAUGCCCACCUGGAGAAUGUGCCCAGAGAGAAGUUAUAUGUGGAGAACAGCAAGCUUGUGAAGGGUUUAUGCCCUGGGGCGCGGCUGGACAUCUACCACUGUGGAUUCCCCACACUCAAGCAUAUUCCCUUCAAGGCAGAACUGCGCAAAGCCAAGGUGAAGGUGUUUGAGUCUGCUAGCCAAGGAGACAACAUGAUCUUGUCGAUCUUACCACAAGGUCAUCCCGAUGUCAAAGAGGUGGCUUCUCAGUUGCUGGACAAGAGCAUAUAUGUCAACUGGCCACAUAUGUUUGAAGCCAGGGUAGUAGGUGUAGCGAGUGAGAAAGUAAGAUUUUGCCUGAAAAAAGAUGAUGAUUCUAUGAUAAUAGAGGAGAUGAACAAGGCUGAGCAAGCCAAGUGGGACCUUACCAGGAAAGCCAUUGAAGAAAGGUAUAAAAAUCGGAUGGGGAUCAAUGUUGGCAAGACUGAAAUCUUGGUGUAUGCAUGCACACUGGAGGACAAGAAGAUAGUGAUGACAGAGGAGAAAGCUCAGUAUGAGAAACAGUGGAGUAAGCAUGCUGCCGCAUAUGCACUGCAGACAACUAGGACAGACCUUGAGGUACAUGAGCCGUUGCCACAGCUCAACAUGACAUUAGAACAGCUGUUUCCUGUGGGCACAGUUGUGUUUUCUCUGGAGCCACCCAGCUAUGGCGCAAUGGGCACGGUGGUGGAGGGCAGUAAGAACCAGCGAGUGAGGGUGUUCUUUACUUAUGAGUCAGAACCCAACACUGAACAUAUGAAGAAUUCAGUGAAGAGGAGAGCUCCCCGCUAUAUGCCAGGUAACCAGGUUGCUCACAAUCUCGGCUUAUCUCCACACGUACUAUCCCGUAUCACAGGAACGAUUUACAUCCUCUCAGAAAACCAAGAGUCAGAUUACAAACUUAACAUCGGACUUAACCUUAAAUUCAACAAGAGGAAUGAAGAGGUGGUUGGGUACACCAAGAGAGAUAGAGUUCUGGGCAACUGGACGUACUCCCACAAGGCGGAAGAGGAAGUAGAAGAGUACAUGGUUGUGUUCCCAGAAGUCUUUGAGUACCUUGAUGAGGCGAAAGGUUCAGAGGAUGUUCGUGCUAAGGAUUUAUUCCCUGUAUUCACGGGGAGCAGGGUAGAAGAGCUUCGUACCUUCCUGAAAGAGAGAGGGUCAGCCAAGGCGGAGCGACAAUCAUGUGGUACUGAAAUACUGGACGAGGAGGUGGUGCUGGCACUGGAGCAUUAUAUAGACAAGUACAACAGUGACGAGAAAAUGACCAGGCAGUUCAAACUGCCCGUCAAGCCUUCUAAUCUUUACUUGCCGAAACCAAAACUGGGUCAACCGCCAGAUCCGAAAGCAAACUUUAAUCUGUAUGACCGUGUUAUCAAUGUGAGAGAGUGUCAUACCGUACCUCUUGGAGCCAAAGGGAUCAUCAUUGGUAAGCACAAGGUGGAUCAAGGACCAAAUUACAUGUACGACAUACUUUUCGACAAAGAGUUCACAGGAGGUCUGAAACUGCGUUGCUCGCCCCACAGAGGCUACCGACUGCCUGGACAGGCUCUCAUCAACCUAACCCACAGCAGGAUGAACUUCAACAACAUCAAGGGCAAACCCACUGCUGUCGUGGAACCGUCAGAUCCCGCGGUAGAAGCCAGUGGCUCCAACAACAACGGACAUAACUCAGCAUUUGCCUCUUGGCGUAGCAAGCUUCAGCAAGAUAUGGAUGUUACAGUAAAUUCGUCACAACAGUCUGGGGUGGACCAGAAGUCAUGGAGACAGGAGAGGGUAAUUGACCAGUUCAGCCGAAAUAACCGGCAGUAUAUGCCAAACAAUCCGUGCCAACACUCCGCACCUCAACAGCUCUCCAACGAAUACUUUGCCAUGUUCAAGCAGCUCCAGAAAGCUGGUAACACCAGAGGAGGAGUGGGAAGGGGAUCUACUCAGAAUGUGUCUGAUCCUUCAAAUGAACUGAAAAAGAUACUGAAAAUCGCAGAUGAUCCAACCAAAAAGCAGCUACCUCCUCCUCCUAUUGAUAAUCGUAUUCCGAUGAGAGUUUCCAACGCUCAGAGCUACACUGCCCAACUAUUCUCAUUGCAACAGAAAAUGGGAAUGACACUUUCAAAGUAUUACUACUCAGAAACUCAAGAUGGUUCUGUCGUCUGCACGAUCACCUGCAAUGGCAAGGAGUAUCGAGGAGCACCGUCAUCGUCUAAUGAUACGGCAGCGGAGAGUGCUGCUGCAAUGGCACUGCAAGGACUGAUGGAGGAGGAAUAUUGGGGAUCCCACCACAAGAGACCACCUCCACACAUGGCCAUGUCAUCAGUACGACACAGCUUUCCUCCACCAAACAGGAUGCCUAUGGGACACAUGGGUGAGCCAGCCAAGCCCUCUACUCUGCCACAACCCCCCGUCAACUGGUGUCAGAACCCUCUGACCAGUACAGACCAGAGCUUCCAGCCAGAGUGGAGGAUGGGAGGACAGGGGGCAAGCAGGUCGGCCAACCCUCACUUAUACAAGAUGCCACAGCACCCGUCGCACAUGCUGCAGCACCCACCUCAAAAUCAGCACAUGUCGCAGAGAGCUGGACAUUUCAAUCUGAUGCCAUCAUGGCAGAAUGGACCGCCACCGUUCAUACCAUUACAGGCAGAGACAAGGUUCCGGCACCAGAGCCAGCACCCACCUCCAUCACUACCCCCACCUCGGAAUCACCCACCACCACAGCAGGAGUUGCCCAAGCCCACUCCUCCUCCCGCCACUUCUCAGAAGCAGACUCGUGGUAUGGGAGGCCCUCCACAAGGAGCCAUUAACACUGGCCGCACAUCGGCACGGCCAAUGCGAUCUCGAAUUGCAGCCAACUUUUCCAAACCCUUCUCCCCACAAAACAACUGAUGAGAGCAAUGUUUUAAUUGUGCUGCCACAUCAGGACAUGACUAAAGUGUAAACUUGUUUCUCAGUUUUAUUAUUAUUUUUUACAUUUAGGAUUUAGAUAGUAAGAUUUUUUGAACAACAUAAAAGUAAUAGAUUUUAACUCAUGGUUCCAUAAGUUCUUUUUGUUAUGUAAUUAAUAUCAGUAUGAAAUGUAAAGAUCAUUAAAGAUCAAUGUUUUAAAAUCACUUGUUAUUUUAUAUUACACUGAUAAAAGAGAAUUUGUAGACUCCAUGGAUCAUUUUUGUGUAAUUAAUAACAGUUUAAAAUGUGAUCAUGAAAAUUCUAUAUUAAAGAUCAAUAUUUUUAAA